AUGCUGAACCUUAUCCGUCUUUACGCUUACACCCUUUCUAAUAAUUAUCUAACACAUGGUCUAAAGUAUCUCCCUUGGAAGAAAUUGUUCUAUGUCGACCUUUCAUCCAAUAAGUUACAAGAGCCUCUUCCGGUUUUGCCGACAAAUCUAUGGCUUCAGACAUUAAUUGUGUCAAACAACAGACUAAAUGGCACCAUUAAUCCAUCCUUUUGUAAUUUGACUCUAAUCACCAUCAUUGAUUUAUCAAACGACACUUUAAUCGGAGAAAUUCCUCAUUGUUUGGUAAAUAGUAACAGUAGGCUCAUGGCUUUGAAUCUUCAAAUGAAUAAACUCAAUGGCAUCAUACCAACAAAAUUCUCAGAGUGUGAUUCAUUGGAGUAUCUAGACUUAAGUGACAAUCAAUCGGAAGGGGUGGUGCCAAAUUCUCUGUCACGGUGUAAAAGCUUAAAUGUUCUGUAUCUCGGGAAUAACAAGUUAGAGGGAACAUUUCCAUCAUGGCUAGACAGCCUCCCGCGGCUGCAAGUUCUCAAUCUACGCUACAAUAACUUCCACGGUCCUCUAAUUACUUCGACAAAGCAUGAUCAACUAUUUCCAGAGCUGCAAAUUCUCGACCUCUCAAAUAACAACUUUUCUGGAAAAUUGCCAGCAACAUACAUACAAAAUUUCAGAGCCAUGAUGGAGAUGAAUGUGCCAACUCCUGGUCGUCCACAGUACAUGAGAUCCAAUAACUUCUCGUACUGGUACUCGCCGUACUCGUACUCCAUCACAUUAACAUUCAAUGGGAAUGUACAAAAAUAUGAAAAGAUCAUCACCACAAUGGCAACUUUUGAUAUGUCGAAAAAUAGCUUCGAGGGAGAGAUUCCAGAUUCCAUAGGGCACUUGGUGUCAUUGCGAGGCCUUAAUCUUUCAUAUAACCGCCUUACUGGGCACAUCCCUCCAUCCAUCGGGAUGUUGUCCUUGCUUGACUGCUUGGACCUUUCGUCCAACAUGCUCACUGGUCGUAUCCCACAAGAACUUGUUAGUUUGACAUUUCUUGGGGUCUUCAAUGUUUCGCAAAACCUACUGGAGGGGCCUAUACCUCAAGGGAAGAACUUUGGUACGUUCUCAGCUGAUUCAUACAGGUUGAAUCCUGGCUUAUGCGGACAGCCAUUGCCUAAGUGUGGAGGAAGUGACACGCCAGUUUUUAACAACACCAGAGAUGACCAGGAUGAUUCUAGAGAUUAUUGGAGCAUAUUGCCAGAGUGGGAAAUCGUACUGAUGGGCUUUAGCAGUGGUGUAGUAGUUGGCUUGGCUUGGGGAUAUUAUAUGUUGUCAGUGGGAAAACCCUUUUGGUUUAUCAGAUUAACUGACAAAAUGGAAUUGGCUUUGCUUGAAUUUCGGUACAAGCGAUUUGGUAGAGCGGGAAGAAGAGCGGGAGCAAGAGCAAGAACAGGAAGGAACUAA